AAUUUAUCUCGAAAGACAUGGUUUUUUCCGUUGCAACAAGCUCUGUUACGAACCCAAAGCUCCAUCAUCACCACCAUCUUAGUGACUUCAACAGAAACAGAGUAUCUACAUCUCUCAAGAUAAUGAACUCGAAGAAUCACACAAACCCAAGAAAGUGUGAGUGUUUUGAUCUCUACGAUCAAUUAAUUCCAUACAAGAAAGCUUGGUCAUGGCAAAAAAGCAUUCUCAAUGAGAAAAAAGCUUUGAUUGAUAAAAACCAAGAGUGUUCAGAUUCAUUAAUUAUACUACAACAUCCUUCUGUUUACACAAUGGGAACUGGAAGCUCAGAGAAUUAUCUCAAUUUCGACAUAAAGAAUGCUCCUUUCGAUGUUUAUAGAACAGAACGUGGUGGUGAAGUUACUUAUCAUGGUCCUGGUCAGCUAGUUAUGUAUCCUAUAAUCAAUCUACGGAAUCACAAAAUGGAUCUUCAUUGGUACUUAAGGAAGCUUGAGGAAGUAGUUAUUCGUGUUCUUUCUUCGGCUUUCGCCAUCAAUGCUUCUCGUCUCGACGGUUUUACUGGAGUUUGGGUUGGCAACAAAAAAAUGGCGGCGAUAGGUAUUCGUGUGUCGAAAUGGAUGACAUAUCAUGGUCUAGCUCUUAAUGUUACAACAGAUUUAACACCCUUUAACUCCAUAGUUCCAUGUGGGAUAAGGAACCGUGGGGUUGGAAGCGUAAAGGGUUUGAUUGAGGAUGGAGAACAUUAUAAUAAGCUUGAAGAUUUGCAGUUGUUAGAUAUAGCUCAUGAGUCGUUACUAAAGGAAUUCUCUGAAGUUUUUCAGCUUCAGAUGGAAAAGCAAACAGUAUUCAAAUUGGAAUGCUGA